GAACGUUCUUUUCAUGUGAAAAUGAAGUGUAAGGGUGUAACGAUAAGAUGUGUGGAAGGACGAAUGUAUUUUGAAGUGUGAAGAGGAGAUAAGAGGACAUAAGGGUUGAUUCAAAACACAAACCAGUCUUUUUAUUAUAAUUAUAUCCUGCUUAAUUCUUGAACCAGUGUAUGUAUGUAUGUAUGUAUGUAUGUAUGUAUGUAGACUGGAAACGACACCUUUUCGUCUCAAUCCAUAUACAAACAGAAAGAUGAAGCUUCUCUGUUACGUCUGCUGUCUGAGUUUAAUAGGAGGUUCCACGACGAACGAGGUGUCGUGUGGAGAUCGUCUGACGGCACCGAGGGGAGUGAUCCAAAGCCCGAAUUUUCCCGGCUCGUUUCCAGUUCCCAUAAAGUGUCGUUGGGUGAUCGACGUCUCUGAUAUUCCAGCGGCUAACAGCUCCAUUGUUGUAUACUUGACGCAAGUCUACGUCUACAAAGGACUCAGUUUCACCGAAUAUGCUUAUUACGAAUCGGAGAACAUGAACUUUGGAGCCACGUUGAUCAAGGAGAUCACCGAGGGCAACGUGUUCGAAUAUCGUUGGUUCAGAACGUUCAGACCGUUUCUAGUCGUGGAAUUCGAACUUGAUCGGCUCGAGGGUAAUCACGUACGGGUUCUGAACGAUCUGCUCGAUGUGUACGGGUUCAAUGUCACGUAUCAAAUGACCGAGGACGCGCCGAAUUCGAAUUCCUGUUCUGUUCAACGAUGUUCUUACACCGGCGAUUGCCUCGUGUCCGCGGACUACACAAAUUUCUGGUGCAACUGUUUCGACGGCUUCAGCGGAAAGGACUGCAACGAAGGACCUCUCUGUUUCGAGGAUGAUCACAAUGCUAUCUGCCAAAACGGGGGCACUUGCAAGCAAAUUGGAGCAGAAGCGAUGAAUUGCCAUUGCCUCGACGGCUAUGUUGGACGUUAUUGCGAGAUUCGUCUUCUGGACACGAUUGACGGUGAAUGCGGAAUCGAGAAUUGCAUAAUGCAGUGCCCUUACGACGAAGACGAACAAGAACCGUGCACCUGUAAAAACGGUACCAAGAUCUAUAACAAUCGUUCGAGAUACGAGUGCAGAAUCAAAUUAUCUAACGUGACAUCUUUACGGACCGGAUUGAUAACGCAACACGGUAGCUUGGAGUCUUACAUCGGUAAACAGCUUGCAAAAUACUUAAGGAAUUCUAAUAUCUCGUCCAUGGAGGAUUUACAAAUCCUGAGCGUGACACCCACGUCGGAGAUUACCUUCCAUUUCUUCGGGAAUUCGGAAGAUGGAGACAAGAUUCGGGAAUCUCUCAACAAACUGGUGCAACGUCGACGACUUAGCGAGAUCUCCCUCGAGUCGACUCAUUUCACGUUUCAACAAAAGCCAGCUCUGAAAUUGCAGAGUCUCCGUCUGAAUCAAGGAAACGAACACGAGGUUCAUCUCGGGGACCAAAUCAUCUUAUCUUGUAUCGCUCAAGGUAGCUAUGGAAUAAACUUCACCUGGUACAAGGACAACAUGCUGGUGAACAUGCACAAGGCUACCAGAGAAAUCUGGCACAGGCAUCUUCCAAACGAUGGUUCCGACUUUCAUACGUCGCUAUUAACCAUCGAAAAAGCAACCUUGUUGGACGCGGGUCAGUAUACUUGCCAGAUAAUUGAUUGGGGUGUACAACAAUGUAAAACUAUUUAUGUCGAUGUAAGAGAUGAGCCAAACGUGAAGGUAAUGCCAAUGAGCGCUACCAUAGACAAGGGAAACAAUGUACAAUUGACGUGCAUGACUCCUAAUAUGCCCAACAUUGACAUAGGAUUCGGCUGGACCAAGAAUAGAGCCCUCCUUAAACUGGAACCCGGUAGCGAAGUGUGGGAGGAUCUUUAUCCAGCGGGUAGUAUAUUGAAAAUCACAAAUGCACAGAAAUCAGCGAUAUACACGUGCAACGUGGCAGACAAAUCCAUGUCCGUCCGAAUGGAAGUCGUCAAUCGAACGCUAAUACCCAUUUGCUUGAAAGGAAAGUCUUGGGGAUUAGAUUGGCCGGACACGGCUCCUGGUUCCGAAGCAUUGUUAGAAUGUCCACAGCAUUUUAUAGGGAAAAAAGUGUCCAGGCUGUGCUCUAUGAAAGAUGCGACCACACCUGAAUGGCAAAUACCUGAUUUUUCUUCUUGCUUGUACGAGCCACUCACCUCCUAUUACAACAAGUUUAAGAGUCUGACACUGGGUUAUCAGAAUACAACUGGUUCUGAAACGAUCUAUGGAUUCUGGGAAAUCUUACGAUCACGUAGUAUACCACUUUAUCCUGGAGAGGGUGAUCGCAUUCUGAGUAUAUUGGCUGAGGUUGAACGUUACCAGCGUAACAUCGAGCCAUCAGACUUGCCUGCAUCCACGGAUGCGCUUAUACGAAUUAUUAGUCGAAUAUUAAACGACAAAAAUUCAAUCUUAAGUCAACAGAAAGUUUUACUGUUGCUGCAAAUCACGCGGAAAAGCUUGGCUUGCUGGACCAAGUCUGGUACUCAUCCUUACAAGCAUCUAUCUCUUCCUUCACUGGUGGUAGAUGUCCAAGAAUUACAACAACACAGCGGCGAUAGCAUCACGCAUUCUCUUCAGAUCUCUGCAGAUGAUUCCACGUAUCCAAAUUGGUAUGACGAUAAAACGACCAUACGAUUAUGGAAGAAACGACUACGUGGGGUAAAGACCAACGACACCCUUAGCGGAAUCGUGAUCGUUUACAAGAACGUGUCCCAUUUUCUUCCAACUACCUACGUCAAAGAACUUGACGAUGGAACAGAUCUCGAAUUUCGCAUUAACUCUCGUAUCAUCACUGUGGUAGUACCUGCCUUCAGCCUUGAUAAGCAUAACAAGAUAUGGGUUGACCUGCAGAUGAAGCAUGUGCAAAAUCAGUCAAAUUCUUGGAAUGUGUCCUGCGGUCUGAUGGACGACACUGGAACUUGGGAUCUAAACAGUUGUAUCGCUAACACUUUGCCAGGAGACUCCACUACUCAUUGUUUGUGUCCUAAUACCGGCACGUUUGCAAUUUUUCUAACAGCACGUGCAGUGAGAGUAGUGCUUGCUAAAAAGGAGCAAACCACGUUCAUUGUAAUAUUCGGCUGUGGUAGCUGUUUACUACAGUGUCUUCUUUCCUCCUUGAUUCUUGGAUCCUUUUGGUGGAGGCAUCGAAGUUGGUUGAACUUCCUAAAGCUGCAGUGUUGCGGUGCUUUGGUUGGAGCGAUGGCGGUAUUUAUUUACGCUGUACACAACAAUCUGCCAGAGAGUUCGUACGCAAUUGUGGCAAUAUCUUUGGAAGCAUUCCUUUUGAUCGGCAUGUCUGCACCGAUAUCAGAAGCUUUGAUCAUCUUUGCUGGUUUGACGCAAGUUCGAUCCAAUCAUCACUUCCAACCCACCGUUAUUGCAGUAAUUACUGGUGUACCCAUCUUAGCUGUGCUAACUACGGAAUUAACGCACAAGAGUACUGGUUGGAGACACGAAUCGUGGUGGUUGAUCUUUGGUAGCGGAGUCUACAAUAUAUUCGUCACUUGUGCAACGAUGAUGUUUCUUAUAUUCGCAUUAUUAUACUUGGGAAUCCUGCACAAGGCUCAUGCGCUUGUCGAAGAAAAUGUAAUGAAAAAAGAAGCGAUCGAGGCAAGGUUACGAAUGCUUCAUCGAGCGGCUAUUGUCAUCUGUGGUAUAAUCGCAAUGGAAGCCUCCUCCAUCUUCUACAUAAACUCCAGUUCUAUUAUCUUCCAUUAUACAUUUGCUUCUCUUUCUUCAUUUUUGCGACGACAUCUAUUCAUUCAGGGAUUCAUCAUAGUGAUAGUUUAUAUCGUGAACGGUGAAUUGGCGAUCAUCGAUUUGAUCCUGCGGAAAUUGACAUGGAAACGAGAUACCGAGGAAGAAAUAACAUCCGAGCCAAUUAAAGUCUGUUCGAAGAGUGCAGAGGUUGAGAAUGACACGGCACCGCCUCCUUCAACGUUAAGCAUCGGGGAGUCUUAUUUAGAAGCUCGCGGUAUUGCAGCUGGCAGUAUAGAUAUGCGUGAAUUUAUAAACGAGUCCACGUCGUCGUAUUCGAAGCCUUCUGUGUCCGUCGCCGGUAGAUUCUUGCCAGAGAUACGAAUCGAUCGUUCGGACGAUAUAAAUCUUGAAAAUUACAACACCAGUCCACGGAAGUAUCAGGAGACGAUCGCAGCAUUCGACGGUAUGUUCUCUGCGCGAAGUUCCCACUGUGUAAACGAACCACCUUACGGCAGCGGUGAAUGUUGUGGCUUCCGAGAAUACGGCAAGUAUCGGGAGUCGCAGGGACAGAUUUUUAUCGCUCACAAUCCGUCGCCAGAAAACGCGGCAAAAGUUUUAUGCAGCGCCGAUGUUGAGUCCCGUUUAAGCGGCAUGCCGGACGUUACCUUGGCCGUGAAAACUGACAUUGAACUGUUGUCCACGACAGAGCUGAAGAGCAGAGAACACGUGAACGUGAUCCCUGAUAUAGCGAACACAGCUGAACGUAAGCAACCAGACGGAGAGGAGAAUACACCUGAAAUAGUAAUUACAAAUUGCGAGGCUACAACUAGCGGCAUGCUCGAUCGUAUUGCCCAUGAUCUUGAUUACUUGCUGAACCGUACACACUCCACGGAUGGAACUUAGGCAUAAGCUUAGACUGUGCCUGAGCAGUUCGAUGCCCCUUGGGCAGUUAUUUUAUCGCCACGAGCAAUCGCUUGCCGCAGAAAAGUUUAAACAGUGCUGUCCAAGACUGGGCUCCUUUUCAGUCUCCCGUUACUCGCAUCAUCCGUCAAUUUUUUGUAACCUAUACACAUUUAAUCUUUAUUGAACACUAGACAGCACUGGUUUAGAAUGUUUGAUAGUGCAUAUAGGUGACGUGUUUCAUGAGAUAAACAGGAAAUUUAGAUUCGAUCAGGUCAAGAAUGCAUAAUGAAUGACAAAGCUGGUUUCUUAACAUUUUAGUAAUUACACAGCGUCUAAUAACGCACAUUAAAUUCAAAAUAUGUUUAAGGUACAUAUGGCCAAUCGAUUGACAAAUUGUUAAGAAAACUUCUUGCUGUUCAGGUUUCACUUUCAAACCAAUUUCUGUGUAGGAGGGAACAAGAAAUCAUUUGAAAAAUAUUAAAUGGAAACAGUACUGUCUUAUUUGUUUCACAAAGUACUGCUUUACCUACUAUUAGAUGAUGAAGGAAUCAGGUAGCAGGUAAGGAAAUUGUGAAGUUUUAACGAUGAAUUUUAUCAAGUACCUGUUCAAACGAAUAAUCGAACAGCGGUAAUUUUAAAAAAAUAUUAUUAUUAUUAUCAUUAUCGUCAUCAUCAUCCAUCAUCAUCGUCGUCGUCGUCGUUAUUAUUUAUAAUGUUACUCAAUGUUUCAUCACGUAACAAAGACCUAGCAUUGUAAAAGUAUUACAUUAAGCCUGCAGCGUGUUAAGCUAAACAAAUAAGAAAAUUGUACAAUUUAUUUACUUAUUUUACAAAACGUAUACACUCUUUCAUCUUUCUCAUUAAAUAUUCUAAAAAAGUUCAUCCGUGAAGAACUUUUAUAUCGAAAAAACAUUUCACGUUUCUUCUUCAGCUAUAACGUUACAGGAAUAAAUUUUUAUAAAACGUAUCAUUUUGAAUUCGUGUUUCUAAUCUUUUGUCGGUGUCAGUUACAGUACAAACAGUGGGAGAGUGAAAGUUUAAAAACUGAUCAGGAAGACAAGGAGCAACAGUAUUAAUGAACGAAAACAAAUUUCAGGCAGUGGAAUUCCGAGUUAUAGUAUUUAUUUAUCACUGUCAUCGUACAGCCCUUUCAGUAAUAUCCACGAUUCAGUCGUCGCACUUUUUUGUUUGUUUUAUAAUUUCAAUUAUAAAGCUAUACAUUCAAUUUAGUUUCAUAAUCUACUUACACACUUAAGAUCGAAGUUUAUGUUGGUUGGUAAUAGUUUUCUUUUUUUUUUUUUUUUUAUUACUUUACCGCUAGUAAUGGUUAGUCAUUUGCUUAGUGAAAUGCGUCACUGAAAUUUUACUUUACCGAGGUAUGAAAUUGGAGCAGUAUCUCUUGGCCAAGCACGUGUUAUAAAUGCAAAAAGACAUAAUAAAGUCGGUGUUAGUUUGUUAGCACUCGAAUAUAC